CUGACAGGGAACAACUGUAUCAGGCUCACACUGAUAGCAUCCCAUUACUCACCACUACCGAACAAAAAUGGCAGAUAAUAACUAUGUCUUUUACAUACAUGGAGCCGAGGAACAAAUGUGUUCUGGAUACCUUUACAAAUCUCCCCCGGAAAAUCAGUUCAAGUCUCAGAAAUCCUGGAAAAGGAGGUUUUUUGUUCUUCUAAAGUACAGAGACAACAUAUGCCAACUUAAGUACUACAAAAAUGAAGAGAAGAACAAACCACUGGGAGACAUUGACUUGUCUAAGGUCACAUACAUGUUCUUGCACCCCGAGAUGCACACAAUGUGGAAAUGGAUUCAUAACAAUUUCAGAUGUUCUUCUUCAUGUGUAAUGUUUAUUAGAGUACCAGAGAGAGACUACUUCCUUAUAGGAGAAAACAGUUGGGAGAUGGAAAAAUGGUUCGCUGCUUUAUAUGACAUCUUAAACAUUCGUCCACACAGACUGAUGGAUCCCAAGACAUUUGGGUCAAAGAGACACAUCAGUGAACCUCCGCGAUCAGAAAAUGACAAUAACCAGAAAACUGAGUGGGGUCAAACAAAACAUGUUACACAUGAGCUGCCAUUAUCUGUGACCCAUGAACCCAUCUACGUUUCUCCGAUAAAACUGAAGAGUAUUAAGACUGAACUAACAACAGAAAUAAGUCAUGAAGAUGACGUCACAGAUGACCUGUCAGAAUGAAUAACAACUCAGGCUUCAUCUUCAACUCCAGCUACUACUGUCACAAUAGACCAACAGUCCAAGUGAUAUGUUUAAAUAAAUCUUUAUAUGCUAAUCAUACAUUUUUUUUCACUGAGUUAAGCACUAAAGCAAAGCAAAAUGAUUAACGUUUUCAAAAUAAGAUUCUAUUGGACACCUCAGUUGAAAGUAGUAAUGAGAUUAACUGCAGAAGAUGCAUUAAUUCACUGAGAGAAAACUUUACAUCAUUUAAAAAAAUACAUAAGCAAAUGACCACAAGACAAUUAUUUCAGAACAGGCAGCUCAUUUUUAAAACAAACAGAACAAUACAGAAAAUUGUGUGGCAUAUGUAAAUAUAUAUUUUAAAAUGACAACAUUUUGAAACAAAUGUGUGUUCUUAUAAACUGCUUUAUGUGAAAAGUAAUGAAAAUAAAAUUUAACUAUGUCCUGUUUUAAUGUGCACAUUAAAACUAUAUGUUCUUUCAA